AUGGGGGACUUCAUCUACCCCAAUAUCAGCUGGAAGCACAACACAGCUGGGCACRAACAGUCCUGGAGGUUCCUGCAGAGUGUGGAUGAUGAUAACUAUUUGACACAGGUUGUGGAGGAGCCAACGAGGAGAGUGUUUACUGAGAGCAGCCCUCUGGAAUCUCAGAACCUAGACAAGAGAAGAAGCCCGGAGAGAGGACGGCUUGCCUUGGACRAAGAAAAUAAAAUUGACUGGAUCAUCAGUAUGCUUCAGAGAUUUUUACUGCCAAUUUACAUUACAAUGACACUGUAUAUCAAAAUUUCACAUUCAGUCUGCCUUUUCCAAGGAAGCAAAGUAAACUACCAGAAUAUGAACUUUAUGUGUGGAAUGGGUGCCAAUUUUCCUCAGCAAUGUCUUGGAGAAAGAACUGAUUUUAAAUUCCCUGUGGAGAUUACCAAAGUUAGGCAGAGGAAUGCCACAGUGAUGAUCCAUGAGCUCCUCCAGCAAAUCUUSCAUCUAUUUAGCAAAAACCUUCCUGAAAGUUUUUGGAAUGCAAGCUGUACUGAGAAAUUCCAAAAUGGAAUUCAUCGGCAAAUUGAAGAACUGCAGACAUGCUUGGUAGAAGACCAAUCUAAAAGAAAAAACAGCUCCCGAACAGGGGUCCUAAACAGUACCACUCUCAGUGUGAAAAAGUACUUUCGAAGAAUCACCAACUUUCUACAAGAUAAACAUUACAGCCAGUGUUCCUGGGAAGCAGUCCGAAUGGAAGUGAGAAUUUGCUUUAUAUUUAUUGACUGCCUUAUGAGAAAGUACAUGUCAUAA